AGCAAAACAUCUACAGAGGCAUGGCUUGUAACUGGAAAUAUUCCCACUUUGGGGCGCUUGUAAAAUCAGGAUACCACUCACCUGUAAACACGAUUUAACGUUAUAUCAUCUUACUAGACUCCGUGCACUGAUUGAAUAGUUGGAGGUGAACCUCAUCCACUUCGCCUUCAAAGAAACAGGCUCUUUGAAUAACUAAACAACACAAACAUUAAAACCAUUGACAUGCUAACCAGUCAACCACUGUGCGGCCACGAACAUAUAUAUAAAGUGUAAAUAAAGUACUAAAUUAAUAUGCUGUAUGAAACGAUUAGUAAAAAAUACAAAUCUAUCAAAUAUUUUUGCUUUUAACUAAAAUAUCAUUUUUGACUGCUCUUUUCAUAUAAACUUGUUUUAAAUGUCACUUUCAAUUGAUAAAUAUAUACAGGCCCUAACAGUCAAAUAAAGUAAAUGCCUCUGCUGAUGUGCAGUUGAUAUUUCAUUAUGACGUCCUGAUGCUGGCCCUUGCUUGCGUCUGCCUAUCACAAUGAGCGGCGUGGCGCUGGGCCUGGUGCUCGCAUCUGUGUUCUUCCUGGCGCUUGCCCUCCUCCAUCGCUAUGGUGACCUGAAGAAGCAGCAGCCGAUGGUCCUGCUGGGGACUCUGGCAUCCUGGUACCUCUGCUUCCUCAUCAUCUUUGUCCUGCCCCUGGAUGUCAGCACAACCAUCUACAAGCAGUGUCUGUUGGAUAACACACAUCAUCCUUCCCCUGUUUCGCCAACAAGAAUCUCUUAUAUGACGGAAAAUGGCUCCAGUCUUUACCCAACUAAGAGUGCACCAAGUGUGUGUGAAAAGCCAUGGAGUUACAUACCAGAGGGUGUGCUACCUGUCUUCUGGAGAGUUGUGUAUUGGACCUCUCAGUUUCUCACCUGGUUGCUGCUGCCCUUCAUGCAGUCGUAUGCGCGGUCGGGCGCAUUCUCCCUGGUGGGAAAGGUGAAAGCAGCAAUUGUUGAGAAUGCCAUCUACUAUGGCAGCUACCUGCUCAUCUUCAUCUUUUUGGUCAUCUACGUCGUUGCACACCCGAAGUGGCGACUCACAUGGACUGAGUUUCAGACCAUCGGCAUCACAGCUGCCAACACGUGGGGUCUUUUUCUGCUGGUGCUGUUGCUGGGCUAUGGCCUGGUGGAAAUCCCACGUUCCUAUUGGCUGUCAUCCUGCCAUGCCCACUUAUUGGCCAAGACUUACUUCAAGGUAGCAAAGAUGGCCAGCGAAAAGGCGUCGGCCGAGGAGAACUUGGCCGAUGUCAUGGAGGAGGUGUCAGUCAUCAAUGUGUCAGUCAAGUACAACCACUCGCUCAGGAAGUGUGUGGACACCAUUUUGACCAAGUGUCCCAUAGAGUACCAGCAGGAGAUGGGCAACGACGCGGAACAUUCCUGUAAUGAUCAGACCGUCCUUCCAACCAAAAGAGGCCUCGUUCAGCUUCAUAAAAAAGUGAUCUCUGCUGUGCAGCGGUGCCGUCAGAGUCGCGUUCAGUGGUUCAUGUUGUUGGAGCGGAUUUUCCAUCUUGAAGAUGCCGCUAAGAGCCGUGGCAACCCGAUGUGCCACUUUGUGCGCAGCUUCGCCGCCACAGAGCGAGACGGCUGCAUCCGAAGGUUUCUUUACACACCCAAAGUAGAGUGGUACUGGGAGUGUGUGUUCCGUCAGGUGUUCUACAAGCUGCUGGCAUUUCUGCUCUUCUUCCUGUCUGUGGCGGUGGUGUGGUCCGAGUGCACCUUCUUCAGCAUGCGUCCCGUCCUCUCCCUCUUCGCCAUUAUUGUCCGUAUGACUGAACAGCAACGCUACUAUGUUUGUACUGAGGCGGUGUGUUUCAUCACCAUCAUCUUCCUGUGCGUUUGCGUUUACUCUACCGUGUUCCAGAUCCGUGUAUUCAACUACUACUACCUGGCGCCGCAUCACCAGACAGACGCCUACAGCCUGCAGUUCAGCGGCAUGUUGUUUUGUCGCCUGACUCCUCCCCUGUGCCUCAACUUCCUGGGUCUGAUCCACAUGGAUCCCGCCGUAUCCCAACAGGACCGAUUACACACGUCCUAUACAUCUAUCAUGGGCUCCAUGCAUCUCUUGUCCUUCAUAUCCAACGGCUUCUACAUCUACUACCCCGUGUUGGUAUUGCUGCUCUGCUUUGCCACACUUUACAACCUUGGUUCUCGCUGUUUGAAUCUGCUGGGCGUCCAUCAAUAUGUCACCGAUGACGACCUGAGCUUGGAUCUGGUGGAUGAGGGCAAGGAGCUUGUCAGGAGAGAAAGAAGAAAACGACAGAAAAGUAUCGAUGCAGCGAAUGGAAGAUUUGCAUGGAGAGAGCGAUAUGGAGGAACCCAAGGGGCCUCUGGGAGCAGAACUGGUUACACUGAAAUUAAAGACGACCGGGAAACAGAAGUCAAGAAAAGCAUUAUCUCUUUCGGUUGGCGCAAGUCAGACGAGCAGCAGAGGAGUUUACUGCACACCAGUGACGAUGGAUAAUAAAAUGUUUGCUUUAGAAGGGACUAUUUGGUUUAACACUGAACAACCUUGUUGUCCAACUUGAUCUUGGAACUAUUUGCAUAAGGAGGUCUACCCUGUGACUGUGAAUCUUUGGUGAUACUGUACAGUGUUUGACAUCCAGAAGGCUGAAAGGGAAGAAAGGAUGCUUGUGGUGUUUAACAUUGGCUUUCUUUAAGAAGGUCUUAAUGAAACUUCUCAGGAAAAAUCUGAAAAACACCCAUCUGAGUCUACGAAGUGGGAAAGAUACGUUUGCCAAGAGCAUUAAUGCCAUGUACUGUAUUCUGACAUGCUUUCCAUUAUGCACCCCUAGAAACUGUGACCAUACAUGAGUGAUGUCCGUAGAGUGUCGUUUUUUUCUGCAAAUGUUCAUUUUUAUGAGGAAUUUCUUUGAUAAGUUAUUAAAGAAUACAGAUGUAACAUU